UUAACCUUUCGCGAAACCAGUACUCAGAAUGGGAAUUCAAUGGUUUGAUAAGGCGGAUCUAUGGAAGAGUGUACUGUUGUUGAAGCUCCAGCUCCGUGAUCGAUUUCGAAUCGCCGUCGACGAUCACCGUGGUCGGGCGGUGGUUUUCUCAACCGACGGCUACUUCUCUUCCACUAUCCACCGCUUGGUGGCUCGAUUACGGAACUUCCGCAGGGAGUCUCUCCCAUCUUCCCCAGCUUUUUAUCGCAGACGAGUUUCUAAAGAUUUGAUGGCAGAAGAAGAGUCUGCACUCUUCCGGAUGCUUCAAGCUCUGGCUGUUCCCCUUAUUGGAAAUGCUUGUCAUGUUUUCAUGAAUGGUCUUAACCGUGUUCAGGUGUAUGGUUUAGAGAAAUUGCACGAUGCUUUGCUCAACAGACCAAAGAAGAAGCCUCUUGUAACGGUUAGCAAUCAUGUCGCAUCUGUGGAUGAUCCAUUUGUCAUUGCUUCGUUACUUCCGCCUAAACUACUACUUGAUGCCCGUAAUCUGAGGUGGACGCUUUGUGCUACCGAUAGAUGCUUUAAAAACCCUGUAACUUCAGCUUUCUUUCGGUCUGUCAAAGUCUUGCCAGUUUCUCGUGGUGAAGGAAUAUAUCAGCAGGGCAUGGACAUGGCAAUUUCGAAAUUGAACAGUGGCGGGUGGGUUCACAUCUUUCCCGAAGGCAGUCGCUCCCGGGAUGGUGGCAAGACUAUGGGCUCAGCAAAAAGAGGUAUUGGAAGGUUGAUUUUGGACACAGACACUCUGCCUAUGGUUGUACCAUUUGUGCAUACUGGUAUGCAGGAUAUAAUGCCGGUGGGAGCCAAUGUUCCCCGGAUUGGCAAGACUGUGACAGUGAUCAUUGGUGACCCGAUUGGCUUUGACGACCUUCUCGGGAUUGAAGGAUCCGAAAAUGUUUCAAGGAAACACUUGUACGAUGCUGUUUCUUUGAGAAUUGGACAGACACUGUACGAGUUGAAAGCUAAAGUCGAUAGAGUAUCUCUGGAACAAAAAUCUAAUAUGUCACACACAUCCUCAGAUCGCGCUGCUGAUAUCUUUCACCGGAUUGAUUGGGACUCAUUUGGGAUGGGGGCACACUUCUCAGAAGAAUCAUCAACCAUUGAUAAACAGUUCUCACGAACCGAUGAUCGUGUUGUCUCUAGUUGUUCAGACCGUCAGAUCCCCAAAAGGGGAGUUUCAUCUGAAGGAGGGAUCAGUCUGAAGAUUAAGAAGUUCAUGGACUCUACAGAGAUCAUGGGUUUUGCAGCUAGAGGGUUGCUGGUGAACGAUUAUAAGAGUAGGGGUGAAUCUGCCAACUCUGGUAAAAGAUGGCCUUUAAAUGCAUGGAGAAAGUAUUUGGAUGUAAAAUCAUGUGAUCCAUGGAUUACACCACUCGAUUACACUUGCUAGUUCGCAUUAGGAUCACUAGUUUUGUAACGAGGCCUACUUGGCACAAAUGUUUUUACUAGUCUAAUUUAGUUUUAGAUCUAUAUUUUUCUUUCACCAUAGAUGUGUUGCAUCUCCUUUUCUUGUUUAGCAUAGCUCUACUCUCAGAAAAGAAACAUUGUAAUUUUAUAUCCAUAGAAAAAU